AUGGCCCACACCAGGCUGCUGCUCCUCCUUGCCCUCCUCUGUGCUGCCGAGACUGGCCAAGCUCUCCACCUCUACAGCGCCGCCUCUAUCUUCAGCUGCCUCAAUGCAGCCCUUGCUGAAGCCCAGAAGAGCCGCCCAGAAGAAAACACCAUCUUGGACAAGCGCAGUUUCGACUUGCCAUCGCCAGAGGAGGUGUCAGAUGAGGAGGUGGGGGAGGAUGCGGUGGAUGAAGAGAUGGGGAAAAGGACGUUCCCAGGGGAAGGCCAUUACAAAUAUGUCUCCCAGGCACAGGUAAAGGGGAAGACGUACCAAAACCGGGCCAAGAGCGACCGCCGCACCAAGGUCACCCUCUCCCUCGACGUCCCCACCAACAUCAUGAACAUUCUCUUCAACAUCGCCAAAGCCAAGAACUUGCGGGCAAAGGCCGCCGCCAAUGCUCACCUCAUGGCCCAAAUCGGGCGGCGGAAGUGACCCCCCACAGGGCAGGGGGGACUCAGAGCUGGGCUGGCUGCAAGGGGCCACCACCUGGCCCCAGCUUGCUGGCCAGACAGGACUGAUGGCCGUGUACGAUAUCAGUGUUGUAUAUUUUUGACCCAUAGAGCUACCUAACUUUCAUACCUCUUCUUCCUCCUUCUCUCCUUCCU